CAUCAUCUUACUUUUAAUUCCCAUUUUCUCUCAUCCUCUUCCAUCAUCUACAUCAUCUACAGCCUUCUUCUCAUGCGCUCUAUACUGACAAUAUAGACCUUCGUCCUAGUUAUGGCUGAGUCACCGAUCGAGGCCCUGCCAAUAGAGCUACGAUUUAGCAUUCUACACUUCAUCGACGACUUCAACACACUAGAUUCGCUGAUCCUCACGUCACACGCGUUCUACGAUGCUUUUAUUGCGGAUCGCCAUAAGCUCCUUUGGAAUCUAGUGAAGCUGCAAUACAAUGGGCUUGUGAACCACGCAGAUGCAAUCGCAGCGGUCCGCUCUAAAGGCCUCCUCGCCUGCGAGCCAUUCAACAAAGCGAAGAUUAUUGCUCUGCUCGACCGUCGACGCCGCAGCGACGAAAUCCGCCGUUUGAAGACAUCCUCGUCGGAUAUCCCGCCUGAUGAGCCGGCCGACGUCAACGAAAUUGUUGAAUUAUACAAGCUACAUCGAGCUUCGAUCUUCUUUCUAGAUGACCUGUGCAAGACUGCUAAGUGCCCGCCUUGGAUGAACCCUUCUCAGUGGAAAGAUGGGAUUCUUCCUUUGAAGCUAUCUGAAACAGAGACAAAGCGUAUUCUUCGCGCGUUUUAUCGACUGCAGCUCUAUUGUAAUCUCUUCGGCGCCCUUGAGCGCUCCGUACAAGACAAAUACUCUGCAUUUGGCAACCCGUGGCAAUUCUGGCGAAUUUGCCACCCAGAUCUAUCAGAGGCGGACGCCUUCUCCGAUGAGGAAGCAUGGGACGUCCUCUUCGCUACGAUUGCUCCUUGGGAGCUUCACGAGCUUGGAUGUUUCUGGUACAUGGUCUAUAAUCGAUGGGAAGAGCCUUGGUCUGAAAUUAUAGACCGCUUGCGGCCGUUUGGUCCCUGCUCUGUAGAGGAGAUGGACCUGAAGGAAAAGGUCGAGCCACCCCUUUACCCACCCGGCAGCGACACGAGCAGCUUAAGAUCAACGUGUGGAGAUUAUCUCACCUCAAUUGGACCGAUGUUUCUGGUGCAAACUCUUCGUGAUGAAGACUCCGAGUAUCGAAAAGACCUAGUAUGGGCCAAUUCCCAGGAUUGUGGCGAAGAAUACUUUCCGCAGAAUUGGCCGGUGUAUGUAGAAGACGUCAGUGAUUUUCACCUUUGUUACCCCGCGGACCAAUUCCAGGUCGACGGACACUGGGAUGCUUUACGGAAGUCACUGUCUACGAUGGAUCCCAACUUUCCGGGGACCUACGCCGAUGCUUAUAAUUCUGGGUACUACCCUGACUGGGAAUGGGGAUCCGCUCUUUGGGACGAUGACAGAUUGAGGGAAUGGAAAGCACCUGAGGUUGAAUGACAACGGAGGGCUUUGGGGCUCAUAAUGUAGCUUCUCCACACCGCGCCAGUUUCCUCGUGGAUAUCACAUACAUCACAUCAUGUUCGCUUAUCUACGCAGUGGGGCAAUUGUGAAUUUAUUCUCUUUUUCACCAGCCAAAGCGUUUGUUUCUCAACCUAUCACGCUACCUACACUAUGUUUUCUGAUUUCUGUGCUCCAUUUUUUUGUGCUCUAUCUGUCUCUUCCUUUGUUUUUAAUAGCCAGGGAGCUCAAGACUACAUAGUUUGCUACUCUAUCGUGUCUCUUUCCAGGCAGACAUACGUGUUGCUGUCAUUUUUUUCUCACGGAUGACGCCAGUUCACUAGCCACGCUGAUCAAGACUGUCAAAUAAUGACUCAGACGCUUACUUCCCAGUUACUUUCAGAUACUAGU